UUUUUCAUUACUUCCGGUGUGCUGCACGUAUAUCGACAUACUAGUAGGUAUACAUCCUGGCACAACAUGGCAUUGGUCAAGGCUGAUCUUGGUGAGGCUCUGCCUCUCAUAGCCUCCGGAAAAGUGCGAGAACUCUAUGAUGUAGACUCCAACACCCUCCUGUUUGUUGCUACCGACAGGAUCUCUGCCUACGAUGUGAUUAUGCAGAAUGGCGUUCCUGAAAAAGGACUCAUCCUCACCUUGAUAACGGCGCACUGGUUUGAUUACCUAGAGAAGAACAUCCCAGGCCUGAAGACUCAUUUCAUCUCCCUCGACCUCCCACCGGCGGUCCCUCGGCAUCUCAUCCCACAGUUGAAGGGACGUAGCAUGCUUGUGCGCAAGCUCAAAGUGUUCCCAGUAGAGGCAAUUGUCAGAGGCUACAUCACAGGAUCAGCAUGGUCAUCCUACAAGAAGACUGGAGAAGUAAAUGGGAGGAAGAUGCCACAGGACCUGCAGGAAUCUCAAGAACUACCGGAGCCUAUCUACACGCCGAGUACAAAAGCCGAGCUGGGCCAACACGAUGAGAACAUCUCUACGGAGCAAGCUGCACAGAUUGUGGGGGAGAAAUACGCGAAGCGUAUUGAAGAGCUGUCCCUUAGCAUCUACAAGGCUGCAAGAGAUUAUGCAAAGGAGAAAGGCAUUAUCAUUGCGGACACAAAGUUUGAGUUCGGACUUGACGAGGCCACCGAUGAGGUUGUACUAGUGGACGAAGUCUUGACCCCCGACAGCUCCAGAUUCUGGUCCAAGGAGACAUACAAAGUCGGGCAAAGCCAGGACAGUUUCGACAAGCAGUUUCUGAGAGACUGGCUGACCAAGAACGGGUUGAAGGGCAAGGAGGGCGUGACGAUGCCCCAGGAUGUGGUCGAUGCUACAAGAGCGAAGUAUUUGGAAGCAUUCAAAAUUCUUACUGGCAAGACUCUAGAAGAGACCUUGCAAGAACUGAAAUAAUCGAGAUCAUUCAACAUAAUUUUCAUGCCCGGUGCAGUGCAACGCGGAAGACAUCUGCUCGACGAUACUGUCACUCUCCUGCUUCCUCAUCUUACGGCGGAUCUGUCGUUCGUGCCCACUUUACCAAAAUGUGGCACUUUCUCUCGGAAGCUUUUCUUUUCCUGUGGUAGGUUUCUCCUCUCUUCAAGCUUCUGUGCAAGCUUCUCUUCUGUCACUUCACUCAGUCUCGCACUCCCUUGAUCCCCUUCUUCCCAACCCGUUCGCCCGUCUACCUGGCCCCUCUCAUUCAGGUUCGUGGCCCA